AUGCGUGAUCUCAAAGCUGUCAAGUGGAUCGAUUCACAAAAUCUCGCCGACGUACAUACGGCUACCUAUUUGAGGGAACUAGAAGCCCGUGGUGCGCCGAAGCUUCAGCAUAACGAAACAUUCGGGCUUUUGACAAUGCGCCUAAUGGAACGGCCUCGAGACUCGUCACUAGCCCUGCCUCGAUCCUCAACUUGGCCUGUAGAUGCCAGUAUGGGUUUAUCUUGCGAUCAUCCAGAUGCACUCACAUAUGCGCAUUGCGUUUUGGCAUCCUCUGACCUGCUGGCUUCAUCACUCGAGGUGGAUAUGGAAAACGUCGAGCUUGAAAUGAAACCUGAGCAUGCAAUCCAUCAAGAUGAGCUCAGUCUCGACUUUCUUCGUGUGGCGCAUACGAAUUUAAAGUCACAAUGGGAGCAAGCAAAGUCGCUACCAGAUGUAGCACGAUGUAUACAAGAAAAACAACCCUCGGCUCUUUCAUACUUUUACUAUCAGGCUGCAUCUGGUCAGCAUGUUUUUAUGCAUCCGAUUGACAUUAAGGUUCUUUUAUCACACUUUGGCACAUAUGCCGCCUUUCCAGAUACCCUCAUGCUGGCUGUUCAGCAUGUGGAAGAAGGAACAGUGGACGAAACUCUUAGGAAGAAGUGCAAGUAUUUAGCGCAUCUGCCGAUGUCCACUGACAUAUCUUUCGUUGAGAUUGACUGGGCGCGGACGUCUGCCCUGUUGGGCCCAAUUCAAGGUGAAAUUCCGUGGAAGUCGUGGAGCUCUACUCUGUCGCAACGCAAGCAGCGACGACUUGAAAAGGCGUCGAAAGAAGAACGAGCACGUCAGCGUGCUGAGAAAGACUCGAAAGAUGCUCGCUCUCGGUCAGCUGCUGAGCACUGCGAACGUGAGGCACCGUUAGUUUAUUCCGCGGAGACGAGCGAGCUUUCUUUCCGUGAUUCAGCUAUGGUCGGCGCUGAGAUGUACUUUCCGAUUCACCCUGGCGCCAAGGAAGACCCGGCUGCUCUUUUUCCAAGCAUGCCUUCUCAGUCAUCAACUCAGACCCGAUCCGGGCAUCAGCCCAAAACAGUAUGGGGAACACCGGCUGCUACAAGCAUCCACACGGAUGCAACACCGGAAACUCGCCAUAUGGAUGAUGCAUGGAAUGCCCUCGAGGCUCGUUCAAGUAUCGAUGUACCCUCUCAGUCCCAUGACAAAUCAAAGCAGCGAACGAAACGUAAGCCUAAAUUGAUCUUAACUGGCGGCGGUCGAAGCGCUCUGUGA